GAAACGAAUAUAUAUAUAUUAGUAGUGUUGUAUAACAGGCAUGGGUGGCCGUAAUAGAAAAUAGAUGACUAUUGUUCUGAUGAUGCUGAGAUGCGUAAUAAUAUUAUUUAGCUUAAGCGUGGGCGUGACCGUGAGCGGGCAACAGUGCGGUCGGCAAGCCGGUGGGAGGUUGUGCGAUAACAACAUAUGCUGCAGCCAGUGGGGAUACUGUGGGACGACCGACGACUAUUGUCUCCCAUCAAGUGGUUGCCAGAGUAACUGUCGUGGAGAUGCCCCAGCAGGCGGAAGCGCGUCGAACGUGAGGGCCACUUAUCAUUUCUACAACCCCCAGCAGUUAACUUGGGACGGCAACAAGCCCCUCUCUUGGAGGAUGAAGUAUGGUUGGACAGCCUUUUGCGGUCCCGUCGGCCCAAGAGGGCAGGCAUCGUGUGGCAAGUGUCUCCUGGUGACGAAUAGACGGACAGGGGCAAAAAGGACGGUAAGGAUAGUGGAUCAGUGCAGCAACGUAGGGUUGGAUUUAGACGAGGGUGUGUUCAGGCAGCUUGACACCGACGGAAGUGGGAUUGCCCAGGGUCACCUUAUUGUUGAUUACCAAUUUGUGGAUUGUGGGCAGAGCCAAGUGCAAGCCGGCCCGGGCUGUAGCUCGGGUAGCCUUAAACCGCCUGUAUGUGUUUUAUCAAUGACGACGGUAAAUUACCGUCGUGAUUGGUUAUUUUCCGUCGCUAAAAGUCAGAAGUGACAGCAAAUUAUAAAACUAGCCCUAAUAGAUUUUUUUAUUAAAAAAUUAGUCUGGAUAGGUCCUGACUCCACUCGAACAAUCAUCUCCAAUUAUAUUAUUCUUAUUAAUUAUGGUGAUCAUCUCCAAUUAUAUUAUUCUUAUUAAUUAUGGUGAUCACCAGCUACCAAUUACUAGCCCUAUAUAUCAGCUGGUCGGCUAUUUUCUUUUCAGCAAAAAAAAAAAAAAAAUUAAGUUUAUGAGUUAAUUUGCACCACACUCCUGUCAAAAUAAAAGUAUGCAUAUGCAGUAUGCAUCUUAAUGACGAUGAAUAUCAGUUUCAUCAUCGUUUAUAAAUGAUUUGGAAAUAAAAGAAUAAUUUUAUGGGUUUAAACA